CCCCCCCCCCUUUUCUCACCCACUGGUCUCAAUAAGUGAUACUGCAACUACCGAUCACCUUUCUAUUCUUCAUCAACUGUUGAAAUCACAGAAAAAAAUGCCAACUCUCCGCAUCGCCAUCCUCGAAUGCGACACACCGCUAGACAAAGUGCUUGAUAAAUACGGCAGCUAUGGAGACAUAUUCACAGCACUUCUCAAACACGCAAGUCAGGAGUUGACGAGUGAAGGCGAAGAUGUGAGGGUGGAAUGCACGAGUUAUGAUGUCGUUGGCAAGCAAGAAUACCCAGAGGAUUUGGAAAAAGUGGAUGCAGUUUUGAUGACUGGGAGUAAAUACAAUUCCUUUGACAACGACCCUUGGAUCAUCAAAUUAGUAGACUACACCCGCAAGAUCUUGGAAUCUCAAUCACGUAUCCGCGUCUUGGGUAUUUGCUUUGGUCAUCAAAUCGUCGGCCGUGCUCUAGGAGCCAAGGUAGCACGCGGCACCCACGGCUGGGAAGUCAGUGUGACACCUCUCGAGCUCACUUCUCUGGGAAAGGAUAUUUUCGGCGUUGAUGAUUUGAGUAUUCACCAAAUGCAUCAGGAUAUGGUAUACACGUAUCCGGAAGGCGUAUUACCUUUGGCACAUACCACGAGGUGCGAGAACCAGGGCAUGUAUGCCAAAGGUCGCUUGAUCACUGUGCAAGGACAUCCCGAGUUCAACAGGGAGAUGGUGACGCAUAUCCUGUCUGCUAGACAUGAUGCUGGUGUCUUUGCAGAUGAGAUUUAUGAGGAUGGAAUCAAGAGGGUGGGGGAUACGCAUGGUGGUGCUGUGAUCGCAAAGGCAUUCUUGAGAUUUCUGACGCAGGAGUAGAUGAGUAUAUGGCGAGUGCAAGUUAGGGAGGCACAGCUCUGUCAGCUCUUUCCCCAUCGCCGUAUCUGUCGCGUGGAGUGUGCCCUCUGCAAAGCCUUCAUGCUUGUAGCCUGCACAAUGUCUAGACAAGUCAUAUUCGAUCAUAUUUUUCCAUCACUUCAACAAAGCGGCGAUGGUCUAGUGGUCAAGACGCUGCAUCCCUGUGUCUUGCAAACACAAGCGCUUCGCCAUCGAGUCAACAGUUUCUGCAUUCGAUGGGAAGAAGCUGCAGAGAUCGCAGGUUCGGAUCCUGCUCACCGCUUUAUCUUUUUGCUUGAUCU